AUGAUUGCUUCAAAAUUUUCAUCUUUCACUUCACGUUGUCUUGGCAAUUGUUGUUUCUCUUCUGUAAAAUAUUACUCGUUCAUAAACUACAUCGGAAUUAGAAGGAAUAAUGGCCUUUUCAAAAUAGAAAAUCAUGAGAACAAGCUCUUUUCAGUGUUUCAUCAUAAAACUCAAUUCGGCAAUGUUAAUCAUUAUUUAUUGUCAUCAUCUUCAGGAAAGAAAGACACAAAAGAAGAUGAUGAUAUUCAAGAGGAAGAAGACCAAAUUGACGAUAAUAACGCUAGCGAUUUUGAAUACAUACCUCCAAAACAUGUAAAUCCGGAGGACUUGCAUCCCGACCGCCCAAUAUUUGAUGGACAUAUUCCGAAGGAGAAAUUAAUUAUUACAUUUUCGAGAAGCUCUGGACCAGGUGGCCAGAACGUAAAUAAGGUCAAUACCAAAGUUGACGUUAGACUGCCAAUAGAUUCUGCUGAUUGGAUUCCUGACAUUGUUAAAGAGAGGCUGAAAGAGCUCUAUGCAAACAAAAUUAAUAAGGAAGGUGAAUUAAUCAUUCAGGCAUCCAGUUUUAGAACACAAGAUCAAAACAUGAAAGAUGGAAUUCACAGAUUGAAAGGAUAUAUUGCAGAAGCAUACAAUAUUCCUAAAGAAUGGAAGCCCAGGGAAGGUAGAACCGAGAAAGGAGAUGCUAUUCGAUUGAAAGAUAAGAAAAAGCAUUCUGAAAAAAAGCAAAGAAGACAAGAAGGAAAGAGAAUACGAAAUAUUUAUGAUAUUUAA